CAUGCGCAGCGCACGGGCAGCCCCUGCGCUUGGACGAGCAAGAGACGCUGGGAGCCCUGGCCCGCGCCCAGCCGCAAAGAAGGCGCACAGGCAGCCGCUUCUCCAGAUCGGGGUGGUUGCAAAAUAUAGCUUGACAGCACCAUGGCUCCAACUUUGCUUUGCAGUGUGUUACUUCUGCUAGCUUUUAGGCUAGCUUUGACUUUUAGUCACAAUCCUAGGACAUCAGACAGAGUUUCUGAAGCUGAUAUUCAAAGACUUCUCCAUGGGGUUAUGGAGCAAUUGGGUAUUGCCAGACCCCGAGUUGAAUACCCCGCGCACCAAGCAAUGAAUCUGGUCGGUCCACAGAACAUUGAAGGUGGUGCACAUGAAGGUCUGCAGCACUUGGGCCCAUAUGGAAAUAUACCAAAUAUUGUAGCUGAGUUAACUGGUGACAAUAUACCUAAAGAUUUCAGUGAUGAUCAGGGAUAUCCUGAUCCUCCAAAUCCUUGCCCAGUUGGAAAAACAGUUGAUGAUGGAUGCCUCGAAAACACACCUGACACAGCACAGUUCAGCAAAGAGUACCAGCUGCACCAACACCUGUUUGAUCCGGAACAUGACUAUCCCAGCAUGGGCAAAUGGAAUAAGAAUUUAGUAUUUGAGAAAAUGAAGGGUGGAGCAAAAAGAAAGAAAAGGAGUCUGAAUCCAUACCUUCAAGGACAGCGACUGGACAAUGUCGUAGCAAAGAAGUCUGUUCCACAUUUUUCAGAUGAAGACAAAGAGACUGAGUAAAUACUGUAGAGGCUCCAUGUCAUCCUUACAUAUAAUCACUGCUUCAAAUACAGCUGCUGCAUGUUUAUUACUUAUAUAAUUGUCACCGAAGAGCAGCUACAUUUAUAACAUUUGUUCUUCUGAAUAAUUGAAAACCUAGUUCUGCUUUCUGUUAAGUUAUGGCAACAAUUCCUUGUUGUUGUUUUUCCUUUAUACCAGAAACAAGCUUUAAAAAUUAAUUAAUUUAAUAUCCAGUGUCAGUUUAAUGGAUUUAAGAAGAAGGAUGUAAAGAGAAACAUGAUUUUCUCAAUUCUUUUGCUUAUUUACAUGAUGUAAUAUUUGACAUUUGAUAACAAUUGUUUCUGAUCAAGUUUUGUUCACCGGUAGCCCAACUCAGCGUAAAUGUCUAGAUUCUUGCUGUUUAUUUUAAUAAACACUGAAAGCAAGCUUCAGAAUUUGCAUGAAGCUGUAUAUGUGUUUCAGAAGAUUUUUGAGAAAAUGGAUUGUGAUAGUUACUAUAAGUCAGUUUUUAAAUUAUGGAGCUGUGAAUGGAAUCUACUGCUUUUAUCUGCUUUCAGAACUGAUACCCUUAUUGGAAAAAAAGAUGUUGGGGAAAAGUAUGAAAGUAUUAAGAAAAUAAAUUAAACUCAUCUAACAACUCC